CCGCUCCUCAGUAUGCCAGCGGAGCUCCUGGGAGGAAAUAAGAUCGCAGCCAGCCUCCUCUGACUGGGCUUGAUGUUUCAUUUGCAAGGUCUGGUAACCUGAUUUCAAGUCAAAUGGAGUCAUUCCUGGUCUACCUGAUCGUCCUCGGCGUGGCUGUGAAGGCGCACAAGGUCCAGAUCUGCCCCAAACGCUGCGUCUGCCAGAUGCUGAACCCCAACCUGGCGACGUUGUGCGACAAAAAGGGGCUGCUGUUCGUGCCCCCCAACAUCGACAGGCACACAGUGGAGAUGCGGCUUGGCGAUAAUUUCGUCACCAGCAUUAAGCGCAAGGACUUUGCCAACAUGACCAAGCUGGUGGACCUGACCCUCUCUCGUAACACCAUCGGGUCCAUCGCACCGUAUGCCUUCAGAGACCUGGAGAACCUACGAGCUCUUCACCUGGACAGCAACCGGCUGACCCGCAUCACCAACGACACCUUCAGCGGCAUGUCCAAGCUGCACCACCUCAUCCUCAACAAUAACCAGCUCACCCACAUCCACAGUGGGGCCUUCAACGACCUAACAGCGCUGGAAGAGCUGGACUUAUCCUACAACAACUUGGAAAGCGCCCCGUGGAUAGCCAUUCAGAGGAUGUCCAACCUCCAUACCCUCAACCUGGACCACAACAUGCUUAGUCUGAUUCCAGAGGGCACUUUCUCUGGGCUGCAGAAGCUCAAGAGGCUGGACGUAACCUCCAACAAGCUACAGAAACUCCCUCCUGACCCCGUUUUCCAAAGAGCCGGGGUCCUGGCGACCUCCGGCAUAAUGGGGCCCUUGUCGUUCGCGUUGAGCUUUGGCGGCAACCCGUUGAGGUGCAACUGCGAGCUGCUGUGGCUGCGGAGGCUGCAGAGGGAGGAUGAUCUGGAGACCUGCGCUUCCCCGCAACACCUGGCUGGACGUUAUUUCUGGACUGUUUCAGAGGAAGAGUUCCUGUGUGAGCCACCUCUUAUCACCAGACACUCUCAGGAGCUGCAUGCUUUAGAGGGCCAGAGCGUGACUCUGCGCUGCAAAGCCAGGGGCGACCCGGACCCCAUCAUCCACUGGAUCGCGCCAGACGCGCGGCUUAUGUCCAACUCCUCCAGAGCCGUGGUCCACACAGACGGCACGCUGGAGAUCCUCAUCAGCACCGUCAAGGACUCAGGUUCCUUCACCUGCGUGGCCUCCAACCCGGCCGGAGAGGCCCACCAGACGGUGGAUCUGCUCAUCGCUAAACUCCCUCACAUCACCAACGACACGAUCGCGGAACAAGAGCCCGACCCUGGAUCAUCAGAUAUCGCCACGGUGACCAAGACGGGAGCCGAGGCAGGAGGGGUGCCCCUGGGGAACGCGAAGACGAGCCAGGAGAAGAAGGUGGUGAUAGCCGAGGCCACCUCCACCUCGGCCCUGGUGAAGUUCAACUUCCACAGGAGCAUCCCUGGAAUCCGCAUGUUUCAGAUCCAGUACAACGGCACAUACGAUGACUCGCUGGUGUACAGAAUGAUCCCCCCGACCAGCAAGAAUAUUCUGGUGAACAACUUGGCGGCUGGCACGCAGUACGAUCUGUGCGUCCUGGCCAUCUAUGACGACCAGGUCACCUCGCUGACCGCCACCAGGGUGAUAGGCUGCGUCCACUUCACCACCGAGCCGCAGUACCUGCGGUGCCACUUCAUGCAGUCGCAGUUCCUCGGCGGGACCAUCGUGGUCAUCAUUGGAGGAAUUAUCGUGGCAUCCGUGCUCGCCUUCAUCAUCUUCCUCAUUGUGCGCUACCGAGUGUGUAACCAAGGGGAUGCAGACAAGGCCCUGGAGAUGGGGGAUAUCCGAUCGCUGAGCAGCGAUGGACAGCUACAGGGCUGUGGCAUCCCCAAGUCCCUCUCUAAACAGGUCCUCCGUCCAGAGAAAAAUGACAAGGAAUGCGUAAGAGUGGCCCUCCCGCCUCCGGAGCCGACCAAGCAACGACCACCCGUUUCCGUGCCAACCACGAAACCGUCUGUUCCUGACUGCACGGUAUCUACCUCUGCUGGCAGCCAUAGCUGGCACCCGGCCUCCCCAGGAGCGCCGAGGCCCAAGCGUUCCGGCGCUCCACCAAAACCCUCGGAGGGCCGGCGGGCUGAAGCUCAGACGGACGUUGAGCUCAACAACAUGAACCGCAAUAACUCUUCGGAGGUCAAAACGGCCACUGCCGUCUCCACCGCUCCCCCAGGGCCUGGCCAACCCCAGAAAUGGACUGCUGCUCCGAGAGUCCCGCGACCCCACCAAGCUUCCCGACAUUACAUGACUGUCCCUGCAGGAGCAAUGAGAGUGAACCGCAGGCACUCGCUUAACGCAGACUCGUCGUACAGGGAGCGCUGCUACGUAGCCUACCCCAAAGUCGGGGCCGGCCUGCGCUCCAAGCGCAGCCUGUCGAUGAGCGGAGAGCUUCCGCAGCUCGAGAGCACAACAAACAUUCAUCGAGCCAGGGACAAACUAUCCAGGUCUGAGUGGCUGCUGGAGAGCACUUUAUGAUUUCAACUUCACAACCUGUGCGUCCUUGGCUUUCCUCGGAUUGGGCUGGGAAGUCUGCUGUGGAACAUACUGAGAAUUUUCUGCCUUGUUUCGACAUUCCUCUUUGGGGGACAUGAGGAAGGCAGGCACACAGGGGGUCAAGGGAGACGGUUCACAUUUGUUUUCUACCUUAUAACCUAUCAGAGUCUUCUUUAUAUCAACUUCAAUGAAAGGCACAACAAUGUAUAAAACCAACGCCAUGUACAAAAAUGUUUAGUUGUGUGAGAUACCAUAUAUCUCAGUGCAACCAUAAGUGUUCAUGUGGUUGUGAAUGCAGUAACCUGAACAUGCUGUAUAAUAAGGAGAGCAUCACACAGGGGGCUUGUGUGAUGGUAUUACACCGCCUCUAACCUGAGGUGACGGAAUCUCUGAAGACUUUGAACGUCGAGACUUUUCAAGAGAUUAGGAAUGUGCUUUACAUCCCGGAGAUGCGGGAACAGAAUGUAGUAGACAAGAGAGCGCUCCGGCUCCUCAUCCCAACACUCCCAGAUCCAGCACAAUGCAGCAUUUCUUUAUCCUGUUUUUUUCCUUUCUUGUGGCACAAGUCGACUCAGCCUAAUACUGCCGUCCGGUUUGAAUCGAUACAUUUUUAUCACGUAAUUACAUAAAGACUCCGCUCAAAUAGGAUUCCUGUCACGAGUGAUUCGAGCGGCAACCUGAACCAGCACCGGUGGCAUGACAGGUGCUGCAACUAAUCUGAUAUUACGUGUGGGUGAGAUCCAGAGCAACGUCUCAUUUCCAUAUUUUAUACUCGCAGACGUUUAUCUUGUCACGCCGACAACCAUUGUAAAUUAACUUUGUCGAUGUAAGAGAGAAAGGGAGAAUCACGAGAACGGGAGGCUGACCGCUCUUGAUUUUUGCUGUUGUUUCUGUUUGAUGUUUACCAGUACAAAUAAACCAGUGAUAAAACAAAAAAGGGGGAAAAAACUGACUUAUCUCUUUUCCAGCUUUCCUGUGAGCUGCACACAUCAAAUUAGCGAGUAGCUAUACAGCUCUCUUUGUUCCUGCACCCCUCAUCUUGCAGAAGUGGUUGCAAUUUGGGGAUUUUCUGUCGUCUUGCAGGAGCUUAAUUCCCUUCUCUCUGCAAGUGGCGGACCUCUGACAGAUCCCCGAGCUCCAGUGUUUGUUCAGAGAGAGCGGGGAGGCAGAUGAUGAAAAGAGACCUCGCCAGCCACGGGGGACACCCUGCUUGCUCACAGAUCUCCUUGCUCAUCUAACUGCGGCGUGUCUGUUCCUCUCUGAAGCCUGCAGCCACUGCGGAAACCUGCGGCAGAAGAGGUUAAACGCAGCCUCCCACAGUGGGAACCCGUGCGCGGCUAAUUGUAAGGCUACAGUGGCGGGAUUGAGGUGGUAUGUGUUAUACUCCGGAACAAGAUCUUUAAGACCGAUUGCUCGUUGGCUUUUUUUCCCUUUUUUUUCCCAGGGAAAACCUUUUAGGAUCAGCUACCUAGACUGUAAGUGUGAGACGUGAAUUAAUUCCCGUCAUCUGAACUGGAUGCAUUCAUCAUUUGGGUCCUCAUUACAGGUGAUUAAAAUGCCAAGGAGCUUGGGCCAGGCCUUGGUUUAGCUUGUUGGCAGGAUCCUAAGGUGUUUGUUAAUAAUAGAUGCUUUUCUGGAGCGGAGAGGCGUAAAUGGAAGGUUUUGUGAAACAAAUACACCGAGGAGGGUGGGAGGCUGAGGCACAGGGGUUGUGGAUGAAGAAGCAAGAGUGUGGAGAAGAUAACUCAGAGAUUUAUAGAGAGACAAGACAGAAUGUAGAGCAGGGGAGGCAGAAAAUAGCUGCCUUUUGUGAGGCGGCCCCGCAGCCUCUUAGGUAUUCUGCACACUUUCUCUGAGAUGGUGAGCAUGGGGAGGAGGUUGCAGCGGGGUGAGAGACCUCGACUGGAGGUCAGACGACAAGCACAGCUGAGUGUAAGCCUGCGGCAACAUCAAAACCGCAUGGUUCCCUUCACCAAAGUGCAUGAGCCUGACCCACUUUCUAACCCCUGUAAUGUGUCUCCAGGCCCCUGGGUGGCCUCUCCCCUCCUGGCAUCACCUCAUGACCCCGCACU